AGGAUGGGUCUGCGUAAAACCUGGUUACCAGAGAGCCAAUGAGAGGGCUCCAAAAUGUUUAAAGGACUAUUAUGUACAAACCCAUGGGCUUCCUAAGUGUGCGCUACACAGCCUUCAUUCUCACUCUAGUAAGGUAACUCAAGGAUGUAGUUUAGAUUGCAGUGUUUUUGUUAUUCUUUUAAACAGCCACUGGAGUAGAUUAAAGACCAACGUGGCUUGGACUACAUUGGCGCCUUCCCUCCCUUGAUGUGCGCAGUUGUGAGACACCAUCCAUCCACUUGUUGCUCGAGUCCUGUAUCCUACUACUGCGCGCGGACAAGGCACGCGGAGCGGCAACAGGUUGAUCCCACUCCCCCGUCGAUUUGGGUAGGCUAGAAUAAUUUAAUUGUUGGUUUCUUUUAUAUGUUUUAUAAGCCCAUGUUUUAACAUUUACAUUUCAUAUUCAAGCAUGUUAAUGGGCCCUAAAUGGCCUGCAAUCGAUUACCUCGGUAUUUCGACACGCUAAACUAAAGCAAGUUCAAUUCGAAAGAAUAUGGAUAUUAAAAAUCAUCAAUUUGUUGUUUAUGUUUAGUUUUAAAUCCCUGUGGAAUCGAAGCUGCUUGCUGCCGAAAAUGCCCGUGCUUAUGAGCCCGGACAUUGCCACGAAGUUUAAAGAGAAAUGGAUGCUUCUCCAUCCAGAGGACAUGGAUAACAUAAACGGAGCCGUCACCCUCGACGACAGCCUGACGAGUCUGCAUUGGCUUCAGAAUUUCUCCAUCCUGAGCGCAAACCCGGAGAAAGGUCCGAGCUCCGGCUGUCACCCGUCUCAUCUCUAUUACAACAAACACCUGCCGCUCUGGGGCACGGACUCUCCCUCCAGCCCCCCUGCCGGAGACACGGCAGCUACAGGGAUGCCACAAACUCCGGGGACCUCCAGCAGCCACUCGGCCACCACAAACAGUUACUCACAUCCACAAACCGGACUUUAUCCUCACAACCACCACAUAUCUGCUCACAUGAGCCCGCCGGAGGAAAUAGACUACAAGACGAACCGGCACGUCAAGCCGCCUUACUCCUACGCAACACUCAUCUGUAUGGCCAUGCAAGCCAGCAAAAAGAUCAAGAUUACACUGUCUGAAAUCUACAGCUGGAUCACGGAAAAUUACUGCUACUACAAACACGCAGAACCCAGUUGGCAGAACUCCAUCCGGCACAACCUCUCCCUGAACAAGUGUUUCAUGAAGGUCCCGCGGCAGAAGGACGAGCCGGGCAAGGGCGGCUUCUGGCAGAUCGAUCCGCAGUACGCCGACAUGUUCGUCAAUGGUGUCUUCAAACGCCGCCGAAUGCCCGCCACCCACUUCAACGCCCAGAGGCAGAGCAAGAACCUCCAUGCCUCCUCCCCAUCGUCCUCUUGCACCCAAGCUGGCCAGCAACACCUUGGCAUUGGCUUCUACCAGGGAACUGCUGGCAUGAUCAACCACCACAACGUCCACAACAACAAGCGCAAACAAGUGUUGUCCAAGCGUGGUGGGGCAAAGCUGGCACGGAUGAUGGUGCCCAAGUCCCCACUGUUGGCCACCGAUGCCAAGGGUGGCUGUGGUAGUGGUGGUAGCACCAGUGACAUGCUCCGUGGGGACUUCGAUCUGGCCUCGGUGUUCGACGACGUCCUAAGUGGCUCUGGCAGCACGUUCGAGGACCUGGACAUCAACACGGCGCUGAGCUCUCUGGGCUGUGAGAUGGAACUCUCGCCGCAGGGUCAGCACACGGCGCAGGUGGCGACGACGCGGCCCAAGUGGUACAGCAAUGAGGACGAGCAAGCCUGCGCUUACCUGGAGGCCACCAGCAACGGCAUUGUGGGAGAUUUCCAACAUCAACAGCAACAGCAACAACAUCAUCACCAUCACAUGCAUCACCACCAUCACCAGCAGCAGCAGCAUCUGCAGUCUUCUCACCCGCUCUACUAUGAGGGCAUGACUCUGUUCUCAGAUCAGCCACAGAUGCAGCUGCACCCAUGGGAGGAGAUUAAAGAGGAACCUCAGCCGGUUCCACUGUCCCUGGAUCAGAGCUUUGGCUUCUCCGAAGGCUUCUUCUCCGAGAUGCAGCUGUGGGAGAGGGCGGAGUCAUACAUGUAGCCAUUUCCAGGUCAUGUGACGCGACUUCCUGGUCAUGUGACAGGAAGUUGGGUUAUAGUUGUCCUCGAAUCUCGAACAUCAUAAUGGUCAUCGCAUCUCACCUCAUCAGAUAUGCAUUUCGUCUUUGCAGGUCUGAAGACCAAUACAGACUUUUGUUUUGCUACAUUAGCAUGAUUAUUCUUCGUAAAUGUAUGUCAUGAAAAUAAACUGUCAUUUUGAUUUU